GAGAUGACAUUAAAUGGAAAGACAUCGCCCUCUGUUGUCCUGGGCGCUGUUCGGGACGGCUAUCGUUGCUAGGUGACUUAUACCAGUCGCUGAUUGGCUCCUGUCCUCGGCUUUAGCCAAUCAGCACCACUUUUGUACCGAGGUGCCCGCUUGUGGUGAAGCGUCUAGAUACGAAGAAUCCGCCAGCAGCCAGCCUGUUGAUUAUAGUUAGCUUGUUCAUUUUGCUUUGUCGUUUUAGGGUGCAGGCGGAAAGUAAACAUUUCUAAUUCAGUUUGAAAGAAUGUUCGGUAUACGAGUCAAGCUGUUUGCGUAACCUAAACAAUAACUCUUGCUAGGGAAGCAAGGGUGAAAUCAAAAACCCAUUUUCACUAUGUUAAAAUUCAGCUUCAGGAGGGAGAAAGACAGGGAUUAUAAGCAUAUAGCUCAUGGUUUGGUCCCUGCUGCCUCCAUUGCUCCCAAGCCUGCUGUGCCUCGUACCCCACCCCCACGCAGCCCAAAUCCCUCCCCUGAGAGACCCAGAUCAGCCUUAGCAGCAGCCAUCUUGUCUUCUUCGCUCACUGGACAGACAUGGGCCAUCCCCCCCGUUAUGCCAAGGUCUUUCUCUGAGAGUGAUCAAUCAGAGUCCUUCAUAUCUGAGUCAAACAUCAGCAGAGCACUUUACACCAGAGACAGAUGGUCAGAAGAUUUAGCAAGCCGCCCACGUCUGUCCUCCCCUGACCACUCAGAGGAGGAGUUGGAAGACAAGGAAGAGGAGGUGGAGAAUGAAGAGGACAGGGAAGAACAUGUUUACCAGACUCUGGACAGAGGGGAGAAAUGUCCAAUCACAGAACCUGUCUAUGCCCUGCCGCUAAAACCUAAGAGCAGUACACCCCAGCCGACUCAAAUGUCUAGCAAAAGAGUGCCUUCUCCAGAUUUCACUGAGGAAACCACUGUCCAGUCUCCUGAAACCAGCGGUGAUUCUUCCAAGAAGAAAGCCUCUUUCAGGAAGAGCCCUGGAAGUUUGAGAGAUGUGCCAUCCGUGCUACCCAUCCUAACCACCGACCACCCCAGCCAACCCAACAAAGCCAAAAACUCACAACACCCCCACCAGCUGUCUCCAGAGCCCAGCAAGGCGUACAGUGAGGCGCAGAGGGAGGAUCUGCGGGCCCUGCCAGAGAAGAACACCAGGAUGGUAGAUCAACAAAAGCUACUGGAGGAGAGACUGCAACGGCUGGAGCAGGAGAUCAGUCACAGCCAAGCCUCCUCAAACCUGAAGUCAUCUGCAGGCAGACAGGCAGAGCUACAAAAUUUGAGGCGACAUGCUCAGGAACUGGUGGAUGAAAAUGACGCCCUCAAAUUCACAGUUCACCGUCUGAAUGUGGAGCUCAGCCGCUAUCAAACCCGCUUCAGACCAUUGUCCAAACAGGAGAGUUCCAGAAUCAGUGGCUUACCAAAGACAGGAUCUCCUCCUCCCUGGCUGCUGGACAUGAAGUAUUUAUCUCCUCUGCUGCUGGCCUAUGAAGACAGGAUGAAUGAGAAAGAUGCACUUCUGCAAACUACUGAGGAGGAGGUGAAGAGAUUGCGUGUUCAUGUAGAGGAGGUGAUCAAAGAAAAUGAGAGUCUCCGUGAUGAAAUUGCUAAGAUUGGAGGGGUCAGCCAGAAGGACUGUCAUCAACUACAACAGCAGGCCUUACUGGUUUUGCAGGAGAACCAGGUUCUGAUUGAUCAGCUUGAGGCUCAGCAUGUUAAAGCCAAGGCCAGUCACAGCAGACACCAUUCUGAAGUUUCCAAGGUGUCUAAGCAGCUGAUGUUGCUAGAGGUGGAAAAGCAGCGUUUGGAGGAGGACUUGGAAGAGAGCAGGAGGGAGGUGCUGAAAAGUACAAGGGAGAUACAAGUUCUGCAGGGACGCCUGAAGGAUGCCAUCACCUGGGAUGAACACUGCAACAUUGCUGGGAAACUCAGACGGCAGUUGGAGCAGCAGGAGAGUAGGAAUAAGAGUGAGAUGGACGAAUUGCUUCUCAGAUUGUCAAGUCUGCAGGAGGAGAACAGGAGUCUGGCUCUGGACAAAGCCAACCUGACUGCUGAUAUAAAGAGAGUGGAGGCUGAGCUAGAGCUCACCAAACAAGCCAACAGGAAGGCUGAGAGGAAGAUGAGUGUAUUGAAGCGACAGAAGGAAGAGUGUGUGUUGAAAGAGGAAAACACUCGACAUUACAUGGGAGCUGUCAUUUCUGUGGCGGAGCACAUUUCCCAGGAGAGAGACCAGCUGUUAAAGAUGGCUUCGAUUCUUCAGCAGGAAAAGCAGGCAGUCAUCAGCAGGAUUCUAAAUGGCACAGUUCGAUUCGGGAAACUACAGGAAGAAGUCAAAGUGUACCGGAGGCAGGCGGCAACCAGACUGGCAGUGUUGGAGGAGGCAGCGAAAGGGAGGACAGCUUCUUAUCAGAGGGAGAUCCUUCACCUGCAGAGGCUGCUAAGAGAAAGACAGGAGGCUGAGGAGAGACUACUGCAGUCCAAACGGGAGGUAGAGGAAGAGUUGGAAGUGGUGUGGCAGGCAGCAACCAGGGAAAACCAGCAGAUGAGGGAGACUCUUUUGGACUCAAAGCUCACUGCAGACCUCCACGGUGGGGCCGUGGAGGCAAAAUCUGACUCGGAUCACCAAAACAACUCCUUUGAUGGGAAGCAUAAGCAUGGGCUGGAUUUCUAUUGCUAAAACGCUUGGAGUCAUAAACCGUCUGUGUUCACACAUACUGGCAAAACAGACAGGGUAGAAAUAUGUAGAUGAAUUACAGUCCUGAACAUGUCAACGCACACCCAUCUUAAACCAUAACCAUCCUCUGUGACGGUCUGGGUAAAGUAAAAAAAGACUUCUGUUUUAUAAACAAAGAUUUUUGUAAUCUUUAAAAAAACCAUUUAGUCUCAGGGUUUUACAGACCAUGCCAAGUAAAAGAGAUUAGAACAAAUAUCCACAGUAGUGGUGGAAGUUGCAUUACCUGGCAUCAUUAAGGCUCUUGUGUCAUACAGAACAUAGCAAAUGUUGCCACCUGGUGGACACAUAUGGUAAUGGCAUUAUCAGUGGAUCAUUACAUGGUACAGAACAGGCAGACAUGGAAAAAACACAAAUUGUUGCAGUAAAAUAAGUUUUUAUAAACAGAGAAAUGCACAGAUGUUAGAUACAUGAUUGGCUCUAUUUUCAUAUUAUUAUUACCUUUGUUAACUAUAAGAUGAUAUUUUGGACCAUGACUGAUUUGCACUGACUUGAGUGGUGGAGUGACUUUUUGGCUACUGGGUAAAUAAUAAAGCAACAUUUCCUUGGU